GCGUGGUGACCAACCCAUCAGAACAGAUGCCUGCUUUCAUGGUGAAGGAAGGUUCUGGAGGCCCCAUGCUUCUGGUCACUGUCCUUUCCCUUGUCGAAUCCUGAGGAUAUUCAGGGAGAAGUGGGGGCCAGUAGCUACCAACUGGCGUUGAAAACACUGUGUAUUUGACCAACUGGUGUGGUCAGCUGGCUGUGUCCUGGCGGAAUGUUGUGACUGGCUGCAGGAGACCGAGUGGCUAACUACUGUGUUCUCUUCCUAGGUUUCAGAAAUGGAAGUCUGUAUUUCCCAUAUUCAGUGAUACUCAGUGAGUCUCCUGGCUUCCUCAUCCCUCAGUCCCCGUUGCCCACUGCCCUUAACCGAAGACCCAUGUUUUGUAACACAGCACAGUUCUGGCAGUGUAGUGGCUAUGGAAAGAAAAAGAAGACAAAAGAGACUCAGACUGAACCUCAUCAGGCUGAAAACAAGACUCAGAAACAAGACACCCACUCAGAAGGUGAUGUGACCAGUAUCCCAACUUCUAAUAGUGACACAGAAACUGAAAACAUUCCUCAAGCAACAGAUGGGGUUUUGUCUUCUGUUGCCCAGAAGCAGCAGCUACAUGGUGAGAGCCCUUCUCCUAACACUGUAUACAAAGCAUCACCUCAAGUAAACUAUGUGUCUGAGAAAGGGAAAAUGGGGCUAGAACAAUGCAAAGGAUCCCCUGUAACACAGUUCUGGAAGACUUUGAAGGAAACUAUCCAUUUGUAUGACCUGGCUUAUGCUAAAACCAUGCCAGACAUCAUGGUGCAGCACGGUAGGAUUUCACAGAGUUCUCGGGAGAGUAGAAGUGUGCUUCAUAACCGUCACGAGGGUGCAGAUGGCAUUAUGUGUAAAGACGAAGAAAGCACUCUGUGGUCGGAACAGUGUCAUGUAAGACAUGAUGAGGUGGUAACGUUGGGAUCCAUCAUGGACAUGAACUUGGGUAAAGAAAAAGGCUAUGCAGCUGUUCUCCAAUGCCUGUCCUCUCUAGAUGAAGCAAAAGACAGAGAUGAAAUCCAGGAUACUCUGAAUUCCAAUCUGUGCCAGUCUUCUGGAGAUGGCGAUAUGCUCCAGCAGGAAAGUCCAGUCUGCUCCAGCAAUAAAGCCAUUGAGGACCUGAGCCUAGAGUCCAAAAUCCGGAGUCCCAUUCACUUUGGGGAAAGUAUGCUAGACAACAGUAGUGGGGGCCGUGGCUUCCCUGUGAAAGUGGGCAAAGGUGAAGUUGUAAAGAGCAACAGCUACCCUGAGAAUUAUGUCCUCCCCCCUACCUCCCUCACCCAGUUCAGCCAUGUCGAUGAAGGCAUUCAGUAUGAUGUGAGCCAGUGGCAGGAUGCAGAGCACGAGAAAUCUCCUGAGUCCUCACCAGAGAGCAGAAAGACAACAGAAGAAUGCAGAAAUGGAGAACUGGAAGAGGUGGUAGAGUGGAACAGCUGCUCAAAGUAUGUGUCUAGCUCUGCCUGGUUGGCCCAGAUGAAUAGCAGGCGGGUAGAUGAAGGGAUUCAGUGUGAUAGGAGCUGGUGGCAGGAUGCACAGCUGGAGAGAUCCUUUGAGCAAAUGCCUUCCAACGAUGAAGAGUCAUCUCCAGAUUGCAAAACUAAGGGAUCACGGAGAAGGACCAUCAGGAAUGCGAGACUGAACACAGAUGAAGAAGAAAUGACCAUGAAUGAUGAGAUUGAGGAGGAGGAUCAUGAGAACUUCAAAAAGUGUGCAAAGAUUGAAAAAACUGUGAAAGGCAGGAAGCAGAAAUCCCUAAGCAACAUCUCAAGUGGGAACACAGUCUAUUUAUUGAAGAAAAAUGGUGCCUUGAACACUGUACUUCCCAACGAUUCAGAAGACUAUGAUUUGGAAGAGGAAGGUGAAGAUGAAAUGUAUGAGAUAGAAUGUCUCUUGGAAGAAGUUAGUCCACUGGGCUGUGUGAUGUCUUCCAAAGGGAGGAUUUAUCGCGAGGUUGGCAGGAUCAUCAGGAUGCCAGCUGAGUGCUCUUUCCCUCCCCAACUUAUUGUGUGGUGCACCAGAAAAAAGUACAGGUUAAAGCUUGGGGAAUACGAGAGCAUCCCUGCGGUGUGCAAAGUAACAGGACAGGAUGGCAGGUUCCGAGGAGAACGUACCAUGGCUGUGCAGGAGGGAUUGGAGUCCAAGAGAGCCUCACCCAAGCCCUGGGAAUGUAAGUGACUAAUGGACUCAUUCCAUUUGGUUGUCUGUGGUGGUUCCACACUGUGUCCUGGAUGCAAAGGCAGCCAUAGAUCAACAGUAUUUCUUCAUUUUGGAAGUAUGUUCUUAAAUAACUGUAGGUGCCCAUGUUUGUAGGAUUGGGAGAAAUUCUAGGUUUGAGGUCCUGCAUUCUAGGAAACUGUGAUGUAAUUUGAACAAAGAGCUGUAGGAGUUGAUGGAAAGCUGGGUGGUGGUAAAGGACAGGAGGGUUGAGAGAGAAAAGAGUCAUGGACAUGGAGCUGGGUGGAGUUGCCGAGAAAGGGCAGUCCAUGUGGAGGCGGUGAAUUUUGAUACAAAUUUGGGGGCUGUGGUUUGGAGUAAGAAUGGAGACAGUAGCAUGAGCUUGAUUGGGUAGCCAGGAGAGGUCAAGUGUGUUCCAGGGAUUGAGGCUGAGAAGAGCCAGCCAGAAGGGAGACCUGUGACGAGUUAGGCCAAGUGGGUCUAAACAGACUGGGCUAAAAUAGUAGAAAUUUUCCUUUUGAGAUUUUUGUCCUGUAGGCAGUAAGGAGGUGCCCAAAGCAAAUUGAAUAGAGAAGGGACAAGAAGAAAUGUGCUCUAGGCCUCUUCAUAUGGCAGUAUAGCGGAGGAAGAAUUUGAAGCAUGUCCAUUUGGCUGAAACCCCUUUAUAAAGUCAGUUUAACUGAACAUUGGAAGGCAGCUAUGCUUACCACUAUACCACCAACACUUAACUGAACAUUGGAUAUAAAGGGUCCUAACUCACAUGGAAGUAAAAGAUAACAUUUCAGAGAAUCCAUUAACAAAACUGAUUCUUU